AUGGGUGCCCCGGUAGGCGUACUUCUACUUUUCCUGGGAGUUUUACACUUCUCGACCUCUGUGAGGAGUCAGUGCCAGCCACAGCCCAUUGUCGCACCUAUCCAGAAUGUAUCUCUGUCGAACGGAGCCUUUAUAAGAGGGAUUUCUAUGGCUGUCGGCUCCAACAAUCAGAACAUCUCAUUCUUCGCUAGCAGCGAUUACAACGAGACCUAUAUCUACGGAACAGAUGGAUUCUGUAAAGACGGCUACUCAUCUGAAGCAUGCGUAACAUUCCGUGGCGGUGCAUACGACACGUCAAAAUCCUCUACAGACAAAUCAGUCGGUCAUCGGAAGGGUAGUGAUGGCUUCGAUGCGGACUGGACAGAAGAUAGUCUUAGCUUUGGCAGCAACACCUCACUGCUCUCAUACGGAUUCGGUAUUCCGCAACAGGAUCUCAAUCAAGCAUUCACAAGUCAAUCUCAGCUUGGCUUAGGUAGGAACUCAUCCUUUUUGCGAGCACUCGUAUCCGCUGGCGACAUAGGUACAAAAGCAUACUCCAUGUUCUGGGGACUGGUCGGUGGUCCCGCAGAAAAGCAGACUCGGGGGUCGUUGGUUCUAGGUGGCCUGGACAAAUCGUUGAUCGCGGAUCAAAACGAAAACUUCACGGCGUCCCUGUUCCAAGGCGGUAGUUGCGGGACAGGAAUGGUAGUAACAAUAGGCGAUAUCCUUCUGAAUUGGCCGAACGGUACCGACAUGAGCAUUUUCAUGGGAUCGAAAUCAGCGGCCAUCCAAGCGUGUAUCAGUCCCAGUUUUGCAGGGCUGAUGUCUCUGCCACUGAGCUACUAUGACAGCUUCUGGUCACUCGCAGGCGGAACACCUCCAGAUAAGAAGAGCGAGGCGAGAAGCCUCGGUAUCAAUUACUUCACCAUGCUUUUUGACCCAAAAGACGUUUACUACGGUGGUCUCACAAUUAGGCUUCAAAACAGCAUCUCCAUUAUGAUUCCCAACACUGAACUAGUUGUUCCAGACACAUACAUCGCCUCGAACGGCGCAGUUCAGACGAACAUAUCGGUCCGCAAUGUCGUAAUCAAUUCCCUUCAGUCCAACAAUGGCAACGACCUACCAGUCCUUGGUCGACUGUUCAUGAGUUCUGCCUACGUAAUGGUCAACCAAGAUGCUGGGAAGUUCUCAGUCUGGCCAGUGAACACAGAAUCCAAGGCCCCCAAUAUCGUUGCAGUAGACAAACAGAACACCCUGGUCAGGGAGUUCUGCCCGAACUCUACAGGCGGCUCAUCCGAUGCUACAUCCCUGCCCACGUCUUCCGUCGCAUCUCCACCACAAGACGUAGGGCCAAAGCUGUCAGGCGGCGCAAUCGGUGGUAUAAUUUUUGGUGCGGUAGGAGGUAUUGCUAUACUGAUCACCAUUGGCUUCGUUCUAUAUUGGAGACGAGGAUCACGCGGCGCUGCAACAGGGUUGGCACGGGAACCAGAACUGCAGACAGAAGACGUAAAACCACCCACGUAUAACGCCCCUCAAGAACUUCCCGUAGAUCGAUACUUCAUAACAGAGCUGGAUAGUAAAGCUGUCUAUAGUAGUAGAUGCUAA